ACUUCCAAACCGAAGACUUUCGAGCAGCUUUACAAUUUCAGGUGGGAAAUCUCAGUCAAUUGGUACUAAAAAAUGGAGAGCACGAGAGGGACGGCAAGGGGUGCGGCAACAGGGAACGACGGUGAAUACAGACAGCGGCAAGGACACAGGAACAGGGCUGCAAGCUUUGGGUCGCAGUUUUCCGGCUGGUUGACGACAUUUUUCUUUUAUAAUUUUACGGAGGAGCUGGAGGCAAAAUUUCUAUGGAAUUGCUUUCAAAUGUAUGGCAAGGUGGUAGAUGUGUAUGUCCCGAGCAAACGAGAUAAGCGAGGGAAGAGGUUUGGGUUUGUGCAGAUGGCAGGGGUUAAGAACGAGCUUCAAAUGGAGAGGCAGCUAAACACGAUGUGGAUUGGCUCGUAUAAGAUGAAAGUGAAGAUUGCAGAGGACAGGCAAAGAAAACCAGCACAGUCCAGGAAGCUACAAGGAGCAGUAAAGGAAUAUGGAUCAACGAGUAAAAUGAAUAGAUUAGUCCAACCAGGGCAAUCAUAUGCACAAGUUGUGAAGGGAAAGGGAAAGAAGGUUGAGAAGGCACAAAUACAACCUCAGGACAAGGACGAGGAUAAGGACGAGGUUAACAAAAGGGCUGAAGAGAAUAUGGUAGUGGAAUAUACUCCUACGGGUGAGGAGUUGCAAUGGUUAGAGGGCGGCAUGGUGGCAGUGGUGAGAUCGCUGGGUUUGAUAUCAGAGAUUCAAGAACAUAUUGGCAUAGACGGAGGCUCAAUAUCGUUAACACCAAUAGGGGGAAGACGGGUGUUAUUAACUGAAAGAGCUGUAGGAUAUUUAUCUGAGUAUAAGAAGAUUAAUGAAGAAUUGUUUGAUUUGUGGUUUGAAUCCAUAAAAUCAUGGGAGACGACACCAGAGGAGACAAGUAGAAUGGUUUGGCUGCGUAUAUUGGUAGUGCCAUUAAAGGCAUGGGAGUCUAGGAGAAUUGCAAAAAGAAUCAAAUUGAAAGUAGGAGAUCAGCUGUAUGAAAUUGAGAUAGCAGAGGAGGAGUGGCGGUCGGAUCCGGACUGGUGGUUGACGGAGAAUGAUCAGAAUAAUGUUCAGAUAAUGGAGUCCGAUGAUUUCUCGGUAGCGUGGAGUCAGAACGAAGACUCGGAAAUGGGUGUGGAUGUGAUUUGUGAUGGCGAUGAUGUGAGGUCUGAUUCAGAGCAUUUAAUGAAAGACUUGGAUUUAAAUUCGAAUUCGGUGAUUGCAACGGGAAAGGAAAGAUGGAAACAAAGUGAAACAGAGAGGGAGUUUGAAGGGGAUGAAAGAUAUGGGCAAGUUAAGGAACAUGGGCUCCAAAGUUUGAAAAGCAUGGAGGAGAUCUGGGCGAAGAGGACUCCGCUGGUAACACCCAGAACAAGUCAGAGACGGACACGAAGGCUGGGUGACCGAAAAGCAAGGGAAGACAAGGAACGCUUAGAGGGUAGUAUGUCUAUUUCGGAUGGGGAUAUUGUAAAUAGAAAUAGGGUGCUUCAAAGGGAGAUGAAUUUGUAUGAGGUGUGCCGGAUGAUGAGGGUGGGAAAGAGGUUGGGUAUCCAAUUUGAAGAUGAUGAUGAGGAAUUACAAUAUAGGUUGAUAGAGGCAGAGGAUCAAGAAAGGGCAGGGAUGAGAGACGGGUUGGGGAGGAAGGAAGUGGGUAAGCUGGUAAGAGAGGAAAGGCCGGACUUUCUAUUCUUGCAGGAAACAAAAUUAGAGAGGAUAGAUGUGGGAAUUUGUAAACUUUUGUGGAACUCUGAUGAGUUCGAAUGGGUUGCGAAGGCCUCAUCUGGAGCAUCAGGGGGUCUGCUAUGUCUAUGGGACAGACGGCAUUUUGUUAAGAGGGAAGAAUUUACAGGUGACGGGUAUGUGGGAAUAUCAGGGGAAUGGGGAGUAAAUAAACAAGAGUGCAGCCUAAUAAAUGUGUAUGGCCCAAAUGAUAGACAAAAGAGGGCUAAGAUGUGGGAGGAGCUGAGGAAGAGGGUGAUUGACAAGGAAGGGCGGUGGUUGAUUGCAGGGGAUUUUAAUGCUGUUAGAGGCCCGGAGGAGAAGCGAGGGAAAACAGGGGUGAGUUCAGAUAUGAGGGAUUUUGAGGAGUUCAUUGUGACAACAGGAAUAGUGGAUGUUAAAUUGACAAAUAGACACUAUACAUGGUAUAAGCCAGAUGGAACAGCAAGGAGCAGACUGGACAGAUUCUGGUUGAGUACUGAGAUGAAUAAUAUGGGAGGAGAAUGGAUUCAGCAGGGGCUGCCAAGGAACAUUUCUGAUCAUUGUGCAAUGGUUUUGAAGUCCAAAUCAACAGAUUGGGGACCAAGGCCUUUUAGAGUCUUAGAUGCUUGGCAACAACAUCCAGAAUUCAAGAAGGCUGUAGAAGAUAAGUGGAGAGAGAUGGCAGUGGAGGGGUUCGCAGGGUAUAAAUGCAAACAAAAGUUAAAAAUGUUAAAAGAGUUCUUAAAAGGAUGGAACAAGGAAGUAUUUGGAAACAUGGAAGCCCAGUAUGUGCAGGCUGUUAAAAAAAUAGAGCAGUUCGAUAUGCAGAACGAAGUAGCUGACCUGGAAGAACUUGAAAUUGUUAAAAGGCAGGAAGGCUUCUCUGAGAUAUGGGAUGUUUUGAGAAAAAGGGAACUAAUCUGGAAGCAGAAGUCAAGGAGUAGGUGGAUACAAGAGGGUGAUGCGAAUACCCGUUUCUUCCAUAAGGUGGCUAACGGGAGAAGGGCACAAAAUAAUAUUGCAGGCUUAAUGAGUGAUGGGGAGUGGAUUGAAGAUCCAGAAGCAGUCAAAAAUGAAAUGUUCAAAUAUUUCAGAAGUGUGUUCCAAGGUGACCCAUGGAAUAGACCCAAGCCCAGCGGUAUUAAAUUUCAAAAGAUUUCAGAGGAGAAAAAAGAAUGGCUAGAAAGACCUUUUUCGGUUGAAGAAAUUGAGGAAGGUUUAAGGAGCUGUGAUGGUUCAAAGGCUCUGGGACCGAAUGGUGUAUUGGCGCUGAAUGAAGUAGUAUAUGAGAUAAAGAACAAGAAACAGCCAGCUUUUGUCUUUAAGGCAGAUUUUGAAAAGGCAUAUGACUGCGUGGAUUGGUCCUUUUUAUACUGGAUGAUGGAUAGUUUUGGGUUUGGAAUAAAGUGGAGAGGAUGGAUUAUGGAGUGCCUUUCAACGGCGAGAACUUCGAUUUUGGUGAAUGGAAGCCCGACAAGGGAAUUUGAGGUAGGUAAAGGACUACGUCAAGGGGAUCCUUUAUCUCCCUUUCUUUUUUUGAUGAUCGGUGAGGGGUUACAAGAUUUGGUACAGAAAGCAAUGGCGGAGGGAAUGGUACACGGGAUCGUGAUUGGAAAGAAAGGGAUGACUGUGUCCUUACUUCAGUUCGUCGAUGAUACAAUAAUUAUGGGCAGAGCGGAUGCUGAGAAUAUACGAAUGGUGAAGGAUGUGCUAAGAUGGUUUGAACUCAUGUUUGGAUUGCGGAUAAAUUUUAAAAAGAGCAGUAUCUAUGGUUAUAAUGUGUCGGAGGGAUGGUUAAAGGGAUCAGCGGGGAUGUUACGAUGUGGAGUAGGUUUAAAUAAAAAGAUUUCAUGGAUGAAAUGGGAAUAUGUUUGUCGUGAUAAGAUGAAGGGGGGUUUAGGGGUACCAGAUCUGCUUAGGAAAAAUAGGGCAUUGUUAGGAAAGUGGUGGUAUAGGUUAGGGGAUGGGGUUGAGAACUUAUGGAAAAGGGUGGUGAGGGAAAAAUAUUAUGGAGGUAGGAGCGAGGUUGAUAUUACAGCGGUUGAGGGUUCGAGGGUGUCAAAGCUGUGGAGGGAUAUUAUUAGAAUGGGGGGUCAAUCUUCAAGACUUAGGAAUAUGCUGGUGGAGGGCUUCAAGUGGGAAGUGGAGGAGGGAAAUAAGGAGGAUUUUUGGCAAGAGCGGUGGGUUGGAGAUAAAACUCUUAGGGACUUAUGUCCAAGAUUAUAUGCACUAUCGGUUAAGAAGGAAGGAAAGGUUUCUGAAAUGGGAAGCUGGAAUGAGGGAAGAUGGUGUUGGCAUGUUGUGUGGAGGAGAGGUACUAUAGGGCGUGAGAAGGAUGAAGAGGUGGUGCUGGAGAAGACGCUGGAAGGUGUUCAAGUGAAGGAGGGGAUUGGGGAUGUUUGGAAGUGGAGGCAUGUGAUGGAUGGCAGAUAUGUUGUAAAGAUAGCCUACGACUAUUUAGAUUGUAUGGAAGGUGUACUGGAGGACUAGAUGUGUAAAUUAAUAUGGUGCAGGCUGUCAUAAGUUGUAGGAAAGGCUUAGUUUUUUUCCUUUUCCUGUAGAGUUUCGGAUGGCUAUCCUGAGCUUUUGUGUUUUUGAUUGAUGUAGGUUAAUUGGGUUGUGUAUCUUGAUUUCACCGGACUGUAUUUUGUUUUGGGAGUAUUUCUUAUGCUCCUUCUCUAAUAUAUAUCGUAAGUUGCU